GACUACGAAACAUGCAGUACAAUCUGGCAAUUGUGUUUUCUCUACUGCAACUUCUAAGUGAAGGCACGGCUGCUCCUCUGUCAGUCGAAGUGGUGAAGAUGAAAUCCAAAGUGAAGUGGAUGACGGAGCAGCUGGUGAUUCGGCUGAACAAAGACUUCCAGGUCCCUGCCGGCCUGACGAUCAGUCCGCCCGCCGAUGAACUGGAUGGACCUUCUUCCAUAGUGAACACCUUGGAGGGGUAUAACAGCGUGAUCUCGGACUCCUUCAACGGGGUCGCCCAGGUCAAGAUGGAGAUCUCUUCGCUGGCGGGUUACAUCAACCAGUGGAGGCAGGGACACUGCAGCGAGCUGCGGCCGAAGCCAUCGAUGUCGGGCCCGCUGCAAGAGCUGCAGAGUCGGAAAGAAUUCAUCCACACCGUGAGCAUGGAGGCUCUCAUGAGGGUGAAGGAGUUCCUCAAACUGCUGCUGAAAAAUCUGGAUCAUCUCGAGACUUGCUGA